GACUCGGCUCUCGUUGAGUCAGUGAAGCGCAUAUCAUUGUGUGUAGUACUGACAGUGACACUCGCACACACAUUCACUGAUUAUACAGGAACAUAUUAUCAUAUUCACACAGACAUGGACUCAGAUGAGGGCUACAACUAUGAGUUUGACGAUGAAGAGGAGGAGGAGGACGAAGACGACGAGGAAUGCAGCGAAGACAGCGGCGAGGAGGAGGCCGAUGAUGAGGUGGAGCUGCUGGACCCCGCGGUGGCCGGUGGAGAGCACGACGAGAGCGGCGAAACCGGCGGCGGCCUGGGCCCCGGUCAGGAGGACGAGGACUACCGCUUCGAGGUGCUGACCACCGAGCAGAUCCUCCAGCACAUGGUAGAGUGCAUCAGGGAGGUGAACGAGGUCAUACAGAACCCAGCAACAAUAACCAGAAUACUCCUUAGUCACUUCAACUGGGACAAAGAGAAGCUUAUGGAGAGGUACUUUGACGGAAAUAUCGACAAGUUGUUUUCAGAGUGCCAUGUCAUAAACCCCAGUAAAAAGACCAAGACACGACCAAUGAGCACACGCUCCUCCAGUCUGGACAUGCCAUGCCAGAUCUGCUAUCUCAACUACCCAAACACGUAUUUCACAGGUCUAGAGUGUGGACACAAAUUCUGCGUGCAGUGCUGGGGUGACUACUUAACAACAAAAAUUAUUGAGGAAGGGAUGGGACAGACGAUCUCGUGUCCUGCUCACAGCUGUGAUAUUCUGGUUGACGAUAACACUGUAAUGCGAUUGAUCACCGAUUCUAAAGUGAAGUUGAAGUAUCAACAUUUAAUCACAAAUAGUUUUGUAGAGUGUAACAGACUGUUGAGAUGGUGUCCGGCUCCUGACUGCCAUCACGUGAUCAAAGUUCAAUAUCCUGAUGCCAAACCAGUUCGCUGCAAAUGCGGGAGACAAUUCUGCUUCAAUUGUGGAGAAAACUGGCAUGACCCGGUGAAAUGCAAGUGGUUGAGGAAAUGGAUAAAGAAGUGCGAUGACGACAGUGAAACCUCCAACUGGAUUGCAGCUAAUACCAAGGAAUGUCCCAAAUGUCAUGUUACCAUUGAAAAAGAUGGAGGUUGUAAUCACAUGGUGUGUCGAAACCAGAAUUGUAAAGCAGAGUUCUGCUGGGUUUGUCUUGGCCCUUGGGAGCCCCAUGGUUCUGCUUGGUACAACUGUAAUCGCUACAAUGAAGAUGAUGCGAAGGCAGCCAGAGAUGCUCAGGAGCGUUCCCGUGCAGCCCUUCAGCGCUACCUCUUCUACUGCAACCGCUACAUGAACCACAUGCAGAGCCUGCGCUUCGAGCACAAGCUGUACGCGCAGGUCAAGCAGAAGAUGGAGGAGAUGCAGCAGCACAACAUGUCAUGGAUCGAGGUGCAGUUCCUGAAGAAGGCUGUGGACGUGCUGUGCCAGUGCCGCUCCACACUCAUGUUCACCUACGUCUUCGCCUUCUACCUCAAAAAGAACAACCAGUCCAUCAUCUUCGAGAACAAUCAGGCUGAUUUGGAGAAUGCCACAGAAGUGCUCUCGGGUUAUCUAGAGCGAGAUAUCUCCCAGGAUUCAUUGCAAGAUAUCAAACAGAAAGUUCAGGAUAAGUAUAGAUACUGUGAGAGUCGGCGACGAGUGCUGCUGCAACAUGUACACGAGGGCUAUGAGAAAGACUUGUGGGAGUACAUUGAAGACUGAGCUGCAUCAUGAGCUUUUGAGCUCAUCAAAACUGAACAUGCCGUGAUCCCCGAUCACAGCUCUGGUGUCAUACAUCACCACAGACCCUCUCCAUGUUGCAUCCUUUUACAUGGCAUAUGAGUUUUUGUUAUUAUUUAGAGUUUAACUUAAUUUUACUUAAAUAAAAAGGUAGAAAAAACAAAUCAAACUCCAACGUCAGUAUUGCAGUUUGUAAGUUGAUUGUCGACACGGACAGAAAUAAUUUACAUCCUCCGUGCGUGGAGAUUCUUCAGUAGUCGGUUUGUUUUGUUUUUUUAGUGCUUUUUGUCAUUUUUCGGAAGUUGUUUUUUUUAUAGUGUGAUUUAAGAUUGGCUUGUGUGAAGCGUAGCUUUACAGGUCUGAGCCAUGCAGUGUUUUUUCAGGAUGCUUGGUCGGGUGGCUUAAAGCAGUUUCAUGUCUUUAUGCAGUGAGAAGGAUGUGUGUAUUUCAAGCUGUAAAUAGCACACGUGCAUGAAACAUGGAGUGGGAUGCAUCUUGCAUGUUUUUCUGUUUUUGAUUUUUGAAAAAUAUUUAUUCUUUGCAGAUAUCCAAGAAUGUGCUUAAACAACAUGUGAGGCCACAUUACAUUUUUGCCUCGAAGUUGUUGUCAUUUUAAAUUGCUGGAGGUUCAAAACCUUUCUGGGAUGUUGCACACCCAAAACAGAGGCAUGGUAAGGGCAUAAUUACAUGCUAAUAUAACAGAUUGGAAAGUAAAAUUGGGUGAAUCUCACAAAAAAUGUUCUGGUUAUAUUUCACCAUAAAAUCAAAAGGAAUGCUUAAAAACUCCUCGCCCCAUUCACAUUACUGAAAUGCCAAAAAUGUAUUGAAUAAUACUAAUAAAAAAUAUUUUAAUAAUAAUUACUGCAAUACAGAUAUGAAAAUGAUCUUAAAUAUGUAAAUGUAAUUUAUGCUUAUAAAUACUAUUCAUCUACUUUCUAAAUGUACUUUACAAUUUUUUCAUAAUAGUUAUGUCAUGGGAAUAAUGCAACAAUCCAAAUAUCAUUCAUUUGACUUAAUGGUCCUAAAAUAGGCUUAAUUUUGAUGUAAAUGAUCGUUUCUUAUUUUCCCAUUGAUUUUGUUGUGAAAGAUGUCCCUGACAUUUCUUGACAGGUUUCAUAUGAUUCAUCAAAUUGCUCUCAUUGGCUUAGGCAAUUCUGGAAGUGACCAUUUAGAUGAUGUUCGGCUGUUUGAGCUAAGAUCGCCUGGAACAUAAACACCUUAUUACUAAAGAGCUGUCACAUUUGGGUGAUCAUUUAUCCCUUUAAAACAGCUGUUAUAUCAAACACACUACCAGAUGUUUUAUGAGAGCAAACUUGAGUGACAUUCACUCACAAAAAUCGAAAGUCUCAGAUGCUUUUACAAGGUUUAUUUUACUUUCAUUUUUUAAUUAAAUGUAUGCACCUUUUGUAGUGUGAGAGGAGGCAGAUGAUAUAUUGGAAGCACUGUUGUAUUUCUUUACAUGACUGCCAAACACUAUGUCGAGUAGUUCUAGUUAUAAACCUUGCAUAGUCAAGACUGGCUGUCAUGAACAAAAAGGUUACAUUUUCUGUAAAGCUAAUAAGGCAAUUUGAGUGCUGUGUUUACACUAAUAUCAGCAAUGGCAACACACAUCAAGUUCAAUACAAAAUUUGGCCAGAUGUGACCCCUUGUCUUUUGUUUGUCUGCAAGAGCUUACUUACAGUUUUACUUCCUUUUUCAGGUCAUUUCUUCACCCCAAUUCAAUGCAUGGUAAUACUUGUCAGUGCAUCAGACACAUAUGCAUCUGAACUUGGUUUGUAUGGUAGUUUACAACAGCUUCUACUAAUUCUAAAGUCACACUUUAUGGCCUCCAUGAUUGGCGCCUGAAGUUUAUUUUGCUCAUGUCAGUUUUGUUAAUCUUUUCUUGGAGAGAAAAAAAAAACCUAACAAACUGAGGAACAACAGCAUUGCCUGUGCUGACAGAUGUGAUUUCUUCACCAAAGUGUGAAUUUAUAAAUUGAAAAGAACAGUCUCUAGUUUAGAGAAGUGUUCGUCUUCAGUGGCUUUCCUGUGUUAUAACCAUUCUUAUAAAAAAAAAAAGAAAAAUGUCAUAUUUAAAUAAACCUCAUGAAAAGUAUUUGUGUUGCUUUAUUUGGUACUUCAUUCAAUGCACUGGAAAUAAUGUGCUUUUAAGUGUUGAAUAUUCUACCAAAUGUACAUAUCAAGGAAAUAUGAAUGUUGAAGCUGUUUAUUUCUUGCUAAAUUCAUUUACAGUGCAUUCAGAAAUUAUUAAGACCCCUUAAUUCUUUCAUUUUGUUGCAGCCUUAUUCUGAAAUGCUUUAAAUAUUCCUUUUCCACAUCAAUCUCCACCUCAUACCCCAUAAUGACUAAGCAAAAAAAAUGAUUUUUGAUAACUUUGCAAACGCAUUAAAAAGAAAACACUGAAAUCUCAGAUUGACAGAAGUAUUCAGACACUAUGCUAUGACACCUGAAAUUUAGCUCAGGUGCAUCCCAUUUCUCUGGAUCAUCUGUGAGAUGUUUCUACACUUUGACUGGAGUCAACCUGUGGCAAAUUCAAUUGAUUGGACAUGGUUUGGAAAGGCACACACCUGUCUAUGUGGUCUUGUAGCUGUAAGUGCAUAUCAGAGGGAAAAAAACAAGUCAUGAGGUCAAAGGAACAGCAGAGCUCAGAGACAGGAUUGUAUCAUUGUACCAUCCCAACAGUGAAGCAUCGUACUGUGGGGUUGUUUUUAGCGUCAGGAACUGGGGGACUGGUCAGUACCUUUAUGAAAACUUGGUCCAGAGAGCUCAUGUCCUCAGACUGGACCGAAGGUUCACCUUCCAACAGGACAAUGACCCAAAGCACACAGUCAAGACAAUGCAAGAGUGGCUUAGUGACAACUCUGUGAAUGUCCUUGAGUAGCCCAGCUAGAGCCCAGACUUGAACCUAAUAGAACAUCUAUGGAGAGACCUGAAAAUGGCUGUCCACUGAUGUUCCCCAUCCAACUUGACAGAGCUUGAGAGGAUCUGCUAAGAAGAAUGGCAGAAAAUCUCCAAAUCCAGGUGUGCAUAGCUUGUCACAUCAUAACCAAAAAGACUUGAGACUGUAAUAAUUGCUGCCAAAGGUGCUUUAACUAAGCACUGGGUUAAGGGUCUUAUGCUUAUUUCAAUGUGAUAUGAGUCUUUUCUUUUUAAUACAUUUGCAAAGUUAUCAAAAUUAUUUGUCAUUAUGGGGUAUGGAGUGUAGAUUGAUGUGAAAAAAUAAAAUAAUUUAAGCAUUUUAGCAUAAAGCUGCAAAAUGUGGAAAAAAGAAGGGGUCUGAAUACUUUCUGAAUGCACUGUAUACACGUGUAUUUAUGUACAUAUAUGUCGAUAUUGUCACAGUCUGGCCUGACAGUUCCUCUGACCAUCAGUUUGUUUUGUCUGAGUGUUUUCCUGUGUUUGUCUCUCUCUCCCUCUUGUGUAUUGCAGGUGCCACGUGGUGAACGCCAGCUCUGUUACCCAGACAACAGCUCGUUCUCCAAUUAUUCCAUAAUUGGCGGCACCUGCUCUCAAGUUUUCAAGUUUAUCAUUCUGUUUCUGUUUUUUCUCCUCAUGGGUAUUUUGGUUUGAACUUUUUGAUACUGAAAAAAAUAAAGCCCAUA